CCGGAAGGGCCGGGCCCAUAACCCCGCCUCUGGCACGUUAAUGACAGGAGCUUAGGACAGCAGUUCAGGUUCUCAGAUGGACUUGGUAGUCAGCAGAGGAACAGCAUGGAGGCGUCCUGGGGCACUAUCAACCCUGAGCGGGGCUGGUACGUCUCUGCCCAGAGACCUGAAGAGGCGGCGGCGGCGGCGGAAGAGUUGAGUCCGUUGCUAAGCAACGAACUUCACAGACAGGGAUCUCCAGGAGUUUCAUUUGGCUUCUCUGUCUUUAAUUUAAUGAAUGCCAUUAUGGGAAGUGGCACCCUUGGCUUAGCAUAUGUGAUGGCUAAUACGGGUAUCCUAGGAUUUAGUUUCUUGCUGCUGAUAGUUGCUUUCCUGGCUUCUUUCUCAGUCCAUCUCCUGCUUAGUAUGUGUAUUCAGACAGCUGUAACAUCUUAUGAAGACCUUGGACUCUUUGCAUUUGGAUUACCUGGAAAGAUGGUGGUGGCAGGCACCAUAAUAAUUCAGAAUAUUGGAGCUAUGUCAUCUUAUCUUUUAAUUAUUAAAACAGAGCUUCCUGCUGCUAUUUCAGAAUUUUUGAAUGGAGACUAUAAUGGGGCUUGGUAUCUUGAUGGACAAAUACUACUAAUAAUCAUUUGUGUUGGCAUUGUAUUUCCUCUUGCACUUCUUCCCAAAAUAGGCUUUCUUGGCUACACAAGUAGUUUAUCAUUUUUCCUUAUGGUGUUCUUUGCUCUUGUGAUAAUAUUUAAAAAGUGGUCCAUCCCUUGUCCUCUGACCUUAAAUUACAUAGAGGAAUUCUUCCAGAUUUCAAAUGCUACAGAUGAUUGUAAACCAAAGCUCUUUCAUUUCUCCAAAGAGAGUGCUUACGCUAUACCAACCAUAGCUUUUUCAUUUCUCUGCCAUACUUCAAUAUUGCCCAUAUACUGUGAACUUCAAAGCCCAUCAAAGGAAAGAAUGCAGAGUGUAGCCAAUACAGCCAUUGCUUUAAGUUCUCUCGUUUACUUCACAUCUGCACUAUUUGGGUACCUCACUUUUUAUGACAAAGUGGAGUCAGAAUUACUACAAGGUUAUAGUAAAUACUUGCCACAUGAUGUUGUCAUCAUGACUGUGAAGUUAUGCAUACUGUUUGCUGUACUUUUGACAGUCCCUCUAAUCCACUUCCCUGCCAGAAAGGCUUUAAUGAUGAUGCUGUUCUCCAAUUGUCCAUUCUCUUGGACUCGCCAUUCUUUGAUCACUCUAGCACUCAAUAUUAUCAUUGUCUUACUUGCAAUGUAUGUUCCUGACAUUAGAAAUAUAUUUGGUGUAGUUGGUGCCAGUACAUCAACAUGUUUGAUUUUUGUAUUCCCAGGACUGUUUUAUCUGAAACUUAGUAGAGAGGAUCUUCUCUCAUGGAAAAAGCUUGGUGGUUUUGUUUUGCUCAUUUCUGGAAUUAUAGUUGGGAAUUUUAGUUUAGCACUUAUCAUUUUUGAUUGGAUUAAUAAAUGAAAGAAAUAGUUUCCUAUUUCUUAUACAGAAUAAUUUACUUCCAUAAACAAGAAGGAAUAAUUCUAGAAGGCACCUUGGAUGAGAAAUGAAAAUUGUUAACAGAAAAGCAGAACAAAAUAACAGUGUAUUAAGAAAAAAUAGGAAUAUAGUAAUUUUAAUCAAAAUAAACACUCAA